UUUGGCCAGGUGGGGUUAAACACUGUUGUGAAACUCGUGAGAGUAUAAAAAGCAGGAGAGUAACUUUGCAUCCAUAUACCGUGACCUUGGUAAUCACUGCAACUGCAGACCAAAAGAAGUAUGAGAAACUUGUUUAUCCUGGUGCUGCUCGCCCCGUUUGGGGGGUUGGCUUCUGAACAAAACGAGUUACAACCAGACGACGAGUCUCCUUGGUUUUGUCAUAAUCUGGACUGCCCAAAAUACAGUUUGGUGAAGAAGUAUGAGACAUUUGAAGUGCGCAGCUACGAGGCCAGCCACUGGAUGACCACAGAGGUGGAAGGGAAGUAUAUGAAUGCCGUCUCUAAAGGCUUCAUGCGUCUGUUCAGAUACAUUCAAGGAGACAAUGAAGCAGGGCAAAAGAUUCCUAUGACGGCACCUGUUGCUGUUGUUGUAUAUCCCACUGCCGAAGGCACAGGCAUGACAAAUAAUCACUCGGUCUCCUUCUUCGUACCACCAGCAAGUGACCCGCCUAAACCGAAGGAUGCUAGAAUUCAUACAUUAAGUGUCCCAGCAGGCACUCUGUAUGUCAGGUCUUUUGGGGGGUUUGCCAUGGGGACGACCAACGUUGAUCAAGCCAAAGCUCUGGCUGAUGACUUAAAAGCCGAGGGUUUGUCCUUUGAUGAAAAGCGCUUUGUGGCAGCUGGAUAUGACCCUCCCUUCAGACCCUUCAAUCGACACAAUGAAGUCUGGUACCAUGCAGCCUAAAUGAACGCCACCCACCCCUGUGGAGCAUGUAGAAUGUGACUUCGGAAAACAAUGGGUCAUCCAGACCUGUUCAUAAUAAAGAAUUUCAAGCUAAAUCAUUUUUAGUAUGUCUGUUUUAAAGCAGUCUUCAACCACUUCUCAAAUUCACGCUAACAUAAAAGAUUCAUUUGAUCUGUGCUGGGGGAAUCGAGCAUUCAUUUCCUUGAAUAGAUAACAUAAAUAUUUUAUUAAGCAAGUAUCUGCCAUCCCAGAGUUGCAGUGGUACCCCAAAUUGCAUCUAUUUGCUACAAUGGCUGAACAAUUGGGCAGGAUAUUUGAUUGUAUAACCACUGCACUUGUUAGACAGCUUGCUCAGAAGACUCUUCUAUUCUGGGAAACAAGAUAUUUAAUAAGCAAUCAGUGUAAGAGGGGAACAAACUCCACCCCCUUCUCCCAGCACAGGUUUUACCUUUUUGAUAGUUCAAGGUAGGGCUUUGAAGAACAUUGUUCAAGCAAAUUAAAGAACUUCUACCUUAGUUGGAAAUUCAAUGCAAAAACAAGAAAUUGUUGUAUGUAAGCAGUGAAUGACAUUUCUGACAAAUUACUGUAGUACUUAAUCCUGGUAAAGAUGCUUGUUCCAGAUUCAUGCAUUGCUUUUUGAGUUUGUUGUAACAUAGCUUGCAAAAGAUAAUCAGUAUAUAUGUCUUCCUAUAUAAAGCAAAUGUGCCGUGUAGUUGUGACAAUGAAUGCUGAAUAAAAAAUCUAACAAGAGAACAAA